UAUUAUGGAGUGCACAGACGGCGCGCGCGCAGUAUACUAAGAUUAAUCGGCGCGAGAACCUGCGCAAUCAAUGUGGUGUGACGUUUGAGUGAUUUGAAUAGUGAUUGAAUUAAAAAGAAGAGAUGUGGCGGCAAAUAUAUUUGAUUUGGCUGCUUAUAGUCUAUACAGCGGCGAUCAAAGUCCCAGUCGACAAUAAAGAAGAAACCACAACUUUGGUAGUCAACGACACGAGUCCAACUCCAGAUGCUCCCAUUUACUAUGAAUCAGAUGAACCUAAAAUUGACAGCUAUCUCAUACCGCCCAACACUCACACUGCAGAGGACAAACAAGAUCUAAUCCCCACAUAUCUUCUUCCUCCCACACAAGACAAACAGGAGGACUUCUAUGUUGUGCCGACUGAUGGAACACAGUCAGACUGGUACCCCAUUGAAUCAGAUCCGCAAAAUAACCCUGCCAUCUUACCGCAGUCUUUACCUCAACUACAUCCUAACAUUUUACCUGCAUCAAUCCCUCAGAGUCAGCGCUUUGUUUUACCACACGCGCAACAAGACGAUAUCCCAAUAUUUAUGGUAGGAGAAAACCAUCCUCCGCGAUUUGAGCAUACUAGAACAGGAAAAGCACACCAGCUACAAAAACAAGAGGUGCCGUCAAGACAUCUGGAACCUCCAGCGGAGGACGCCGAAAAUCAUUUCGUCCUGCCUACUCCCUCAGCAGAAUUGGAAUUGCCAUAUCAAGAACAACGUCAACAGUUCGUAGGUCCGUCUGAGGAGGUAUAUGAACUACCUAUCAGGGGACCCAAUCAUAACUUUAAUCCGUUAAAUAACAAGCCUAUAAAUUUCCGCCUCAAGCCGGCUGAGCCGACUUUGGCGUUACAUCUCACGCCGCCAAAGCCCCUUCUGUCGAAGCACAAAAAUCCCACAAAAUUGUAUCCUAAAAAGUAUCCAGGGGGAUUCAGGCCCGUGCCGAUUCCUUUAACACAGUUUGCCGAGGAUUCUUCAGCCGAAGUCCCCAAAGCGAAGCCGUUUAAUACCGCCGCUGAUCCCGAAUCUGAAUAUUCGAAACCGACCGAUAAAGAUACUUACUUGUACGAGAAACUCAAGAAAAAGCGAAAAAUGAGAAAGGAAAAAGCAGCUAAGCAACACCUCCCGCCUUUAGAAGAGCCGACACAGGGUCCAGCAGUUCCAGAGCAAGACACUUCCGAAACACACUUCAGAUACCCUGGACGCAACGCGUAUUCCGCGCCGCUCCGGCAAGCUCCGCCGCCGCCGCCACCGCGGCCGCUCUCAGCCGCAGCGCCCUCCAAGCCGCCGCCGGCAGGGGACCGCACGGAAUUCCGCAUGCAUGGCAUGAAGGGGCCUCAUAGCUACCAGUUCGGUUACGAUACUGGGAAGGGUAAAAACCGCCAAUUCCGUUUCGAGGAGCGCGACAACGAUGGGCACGUGCGCGGACACUACGGGUACGUGGACAAGCACGGCAAGCUGCGCGUGGUCAACUACGACGCCGACCCCGAGCACGGUUUCCGGGCCGAGGCUCCCGUCGAGACUGAGCCUUGAUCAGUUUAUAUGAGUGCAAAAGGACUUAUAGCGUACCGAUAG